AUGCCGAGGCCGGCGCAGGUCGCGCCGCCCGGCCACAGCCUGCAGCACAGCCUGCUCGACGACGGCGCGUGGGAGGAGCGCGUGGCGCGCGACCUCGUCCCGGACCAGCGCGGCCUCAUCGUCGCGGUCGACCACUUCCUGUCGCCCGACGAGUGCUGGGCCCUUGUGACGGCGGCGAGCUCGAUCGGGCUGCAGCCUCCGCGGCCAGACGACCUGCGGCCGAAGAAGGGCGAGGCCUUCCUGUGCCGCGAGACGCUCGCGCUGGUGGACCAGCCGCUCGCCGCGCGGCUGUGGCGCCGGCUCCUCCCGCUCCUGCCUCCCCUCGACGGCCGUAUGGAGUUUGGCAACUGGUCGCUCACCGAGGAUUCGUCCGAGGCGUACCGUGCGACCUACGUGUUGCUGGUGUCGGCGAUUCUGCUGCCUGUCAUCCUCUUCGCGAGGCGCGGCUGCAUGACGGUCGCGCUCGUGCUGCUCCUUGCAUCAAUCGUGCACCAAGUGUCGCGCCUGCACGUGGACACUUCCUACUGGGGGCAUAUUGCGGCCGGAGUUGGGCUAUGCCGCGCGUCGCACUACAUUCUGCACGGCGACGGCGGCGCGCUGGUCAUCCGCGUGCAGCACGCGAGCCUCGGACUGAUUGCGACGCUGGCGAUGUUCUCGUACGUCAUCUUCCGGCUGCCGCUCCACACCUUUUACAACAAGGUGCACGCGACCAUCUGGGCGCUCGCCUCGCUCCUCUUCGCCUCGAUGGCGGCGCACCCGAUCACCGCCCGCGCGUGCAACGGCGCACUGCCUCGCGUUGCGGCGGCGCGGCAACUACACGACCCAGCGGUGCUCGCGGCGCUGGGCACGCUGCUCUAUACGCACCUGCACGACAUGCAGCCGAUUGGCAUGCUCUUCCACCAGGCGCCCCUCGUUUUCUUGGUCUUUGGCGUGCAGCUGGGCGCGAUCUCGGUGAUGAUGCUCGCCUCAUCGGCGGUGCACGCGGCCUUGCCGCGGGAGUCGCCGCUCUGCACGCUCGUGCGCGGGCUGCACGCCUUUUGGUGGCUCUUCGCCGGCGUGUGGGCCGUGCACAUGGCGGCCUUCAUGUACGUGUUCAAGGGCAAGCGGGGCGUGCACCACUUGUGGCUGGGCGAAGACACUGACGCCAUACACGCGCACGAGGUGGGCGGUUGGUACCUCGCCGUCGACGCGUGGCUUUCUGCGGCGGUGCUCGUCCUCCCGCUACUCUGCUGCCCCGCCAAGUCCGCUGAGCUUUCGAGCGUCGCCGUCGCCGACGAUGAUGGCGACCCCUUGCUUGAGCGCAAGUCCAGUGUCGUUCACAUGUAGUUAGCCUGGACUCACUUGUCGUCGGCUACGCUGCCUCUCGCUCCAUUUGCUCGAGAUCUGUCCGGCGCGACUCGUUUUUCGAAAUUCUUUUUUUGGC